AUGGAAGCUUUACUGGCUCAUUCGUUCGACUACCUUUCUUCAUACGAGCCAACGAAAGUGCGCAAAGGAUUGCGCCAGGUGGAAGGGCUUUUAGCACAGAUCUGCCUCUCCAGGGCGAAACGGCCGGUGUCUGAUAAACGAGGCUCACCACUGUUAUGCGGCGCUCCACAAUCAGGCUGUAAAGCACUGUCCGAGCUUAGAGAUGACCCUGCGUUCAGAGAAUUUUUCAAACUUCAAGAUGGGUUCCAAUGGAAUGAGCACCUGCUUGGUCGCGAGAAUAGCGGUACCAACGAUCUUCUCAUUCUGUCAACACUUGAUUUAAUACAAGGCGUGCUCCUUCUCCAUCCGCCCUCGAGAAUUCUGUUCGCCCGUGAAAUUUACAUGAACCUUCUUCUGGAUCUUUUAGAUCCGAUCAAUUGCCCUGCCAUUCAAUCCGCAACGCUUCUCACCCUUGUCACGGCUCUGCUAGACCACCCUGCCAAUACGCGGACCUUUGAAGAGCUGGAUGGAUUGCUCACAGUGACAUCCCUCUUCAAGCAGCGCUCAACAGCGCGUGAAGUCAAGCUGAAACUUGUUGAAUUUCUUUACUUCUAUCUGAUGCCAGAAACCGCCAUGGUCUCCACCAGUGCUCCAAAUACAGCCCUACAACGCAGCCCCAGUAAGCUGGGGGGUGGGCCUGUAUCAAGGAGUGUCAAUGUUUCGGGGUCUCAUAGCAAUGGCAGGGGCAGCCGCGACACUCGAACAACAGAGGAGAAACAAUCUCUUCUGGGAAGAUAUUUGCACAAUGUGGAAGAUCUUGUGGAAGAUCUCAAGGAAACGGCACCUUUUGGAGCUACGGUCUAUUAA